AUGGACGACCUCGAUUGCCUUCUCAUCGCUCAACUACAUCUGCAGGAUGUUCAGAUUAUCACAGAUGGUCGAAAAGGAAAAUCAAAAGAGCACACCCCUCUGACCGAUGAGGAGUUGGCGUUCCAAAUUCAGGCCGACAUCCUCAACGAUCACUUGUUGGCCCUCAGUGAUAAGAGAUUUGCCGAAAGUCUCAACAACGCGGUCGAGUCUGACCUUCAUCUUGUCGAAACGAUUGGAACUGUAGAGCAAGCUGCGGAGGAUGACCAUAGAUAUGCGAUUGCUUUGUCUCAUUCUCAACCUCUUCCUGAAAAAACGGCCGCCCAGCGCAUCGUCGAAGAUUCGGAGGCAUUGAAUGAACAACCGGGUAUGAUUAUGAACAGCGUUCAGGGUGACGAUGAAAGCGUGACAAUCGCAAGUGGCAGUACUGUAUCUGGAACGAUCUCUAGGAGGAAUGUCGCUUGCGCGAUUUGCACCGAUAAUUUUGACUCUCGACGCGUCUUUCAUGCGCAAGCUUGCGGUCACUUUUAUUGCGUGGAGUGUCUGGUGAACCUUAUACGGGCUUGUAUUGGAGACGAAUCGUUGUACCCACUUCGCUGCUGCAGGCAGAAUCUUUCCGUUCCCGACAUCCUUCCUAGACUAGACCUUGACGUCCGUAGAAGCUUCGAAGUCAAAACUCUGGAAUACGACGUUGAACCCAACAAUCGACUCUACUGCUCCAAUCCCGUGUGUUCUGCGUUCCUGGGAUCGACGGCGGGAGACAAGAGAACUGUUUCGUGCAGCUCAUGUAAGGCGGCAGUCUGUACUGGGUGCAAGAAGCAGGAACAUGCUGGUGGUUGUACGGAAAACGAAGGGCUUCUUCAAGUUCAAGCCCUAGCUCGCGAGCAAAGAUGGCCGACUUGUCCUGGCUGUAAUGCCAUUAUCGAGCUUCAUCAUGGAUGUUACCAUAUGACUUGCAGAUGUCGAACCCAGUUCUGCUACCUCUGCGCCGCACCAUGGAAGAAUUGUCAGUGUCCACAAUGGGAGGAAGCACGCUUGUUGGAGACUGCUCAGCUUCGAGUACAGAACGAGAUGGGACCUAGAGUGGAUGUUAAUGUCGGUGCGGCUCAGGAACGAGUACAACAGAGGAUCCAGGAUUUUCGAACUUAUCAUGAUUGUGAUCCACAUCGUUGGAGGACCAGAUGGGGUGGAGGUAAUUGUGAAGAAUGUGGAUACUAUCUCCCGCAAUUCUUGAAGCUUUGCAGGGGAUGCUCAAUUCUGGCUUGUGUAAGGUGUACGAGGAACCGCCUAUAA